AGGAAGACUAUGUAUAUUCUUCAGUGUGGUUUCGUUGACUCUUAACUGGUGUGUAAGUCGAAGAGAACGAAAGCAAAGUGGCCAGUGUAAUGUGAGGUAAGGAAGGAGAGAGGAGCCAAGACACUCUAUCGUGGAAGAAGAAGAAGAAGAAGAAGAAGAAGAAGAAGUAAAGGGAGAAGAAACCGUGGUCGUAGAACAGCCUUCGAGGUGUAAUGCCUCCUUCCUUUUCUUCUUGGUCCCUGCCGCCAUCGCCAUCGCCAUCACCACUGACGUUGUGCGCUUCUGGCCUUCCUAUACCUAUAUUCACCUUCUGAGCUUCAGUACGUACCACGCGGCUGUACGAAACAACCGUUCAUUAAGGACGUCGACCACAUUGAGGUGAUUCCCCUCGAGAGUGUCUUCAGACUUUAUUUUUAUAAAUUUAUAAAUUUAUUUAUCAAUUUUUGGGAACUUUUUUUUAUUAAUUAAUUAUUUAUUUAUUUAUUUAUAUUUUAUUAAUGUGACACAAGGGUUGUGGUGAACGUGAAGAGUGAGAUAUAUAUUUAUAAAUGUAAUUUUGGUGGAGUGUUUUGUAUAUAUACUGUUUGUAUAUACUUAUUUGUUACCGAAGAAAACUCUUAGGAUAAGACUUGCGGCUAAUUAACAAAAUAAUUAAGACUUUGGAUUAUUAAAUCACUGAGAUUAAUUGGAGAUUUUUAAUUAAUUAGACAUGACAAUUGGCUCAAGGGUUUUUUAAGGACAAUUUUUUGCAGUCGUCUUAGUGAGUGAACAAUGGAGGCUAGUGAGUGGGAUCACGCGACCCUGAGGGAGGAGGAGUUUGAACUACACGCGGUUUACUUGGUACCGGAUGUCUCGACGUCGGCGAACGAGUCAAAUCGGGCGGAGGCAUCACUACCGAGAAAUCUUGUUCUAAAGCAAUCUCAAGCUCUUAAUGAUGUUUUGGGUGUGUGGAGCACGAGUUACAUCCCUAAAGGGACUCGUUUUGGACCUUUGGUCGGACAGCAAUAUACUAAAGAUUCAGUACCUGUCGACGCGAACCGAAAGUACUUUUGGAGGGUCUAUAAAAACAAUGAGUUGUUUUACUACAUCGACGGAUACGAUAUCCAAAAAUCAAAUUGGAUGAGAUACGUUAACCCCGCGUACUCAUCUGAGUCCCAAAAUUUGAUAGCAUGUCAAUACAAAAUGAACAUUUAUUUUUACACAAUUAAACCAAUUUUACCGAACCAAGAGUUGCUAGUGUGGUACUGUCGCGAGUUUGCGGAGAGAUUAAACUAUCCAUUUACGGGUGAGCUUAUGCUCCAGCGAAUACGCCAACAAGUUCAACAAUCGGCAUUACCAACUAACGAAAUACCUACUUCAUCAGAUGUGUCUAUCUCAUUAAGUGAAAGAAUAACAAUGAAAGACUCAGUAGUAUACGAGCGCCGUUGCCAAAUGACUCCCACAGAAGGUUCAGUGAGAUCAGACGAGGGUUACCACUCAAACGGGUACCACGACGAGAUUCUCACACCCCCUCACGAGGAGAGCAGCGAGUCCGACUCCGAAAACAACUACGUCUUAGACUUCAGCAAAACAACCAGAACUUCUUCAUCAGCGCCGUCGCCGUCAUCACCCCCUCCCGCGUCCACCGGCAACAGUGUUAUCAAGCAAGACACCGUGGUAGUCAAAAACGAGUACCGAAAAGUGAAGAUAAAGAUAAGCAAGACCUACAACAACUUCCAGUCUAAGACUCAAGAUAUUAAAGACAAGGAAGAAAUCCGAGCUGUAACUCCCGAAAUUCCCCAAAAGUCCGUGUCUCCUAUCCAAAAAGCGACUAUGAUUUCCACUUCGGACGAGGUUGAAAAGAAGCCGAAGGCUUUCUAUGAACUAGAGGUUAAGGGCAACCACCAAUCGCCUCCAAUGUCAACCACCGGCCGGACAUCCUGCAUGACCAGCCCCAGCAGCUCUAUUUUGGAGAAUAUCCUUCUGAGGAGCAAUACUGACAACAACAACAACAACACAAACAUUCACCAGCUUCAUAGUAAUCAUAGUAAUCAUCUCCAAGCUCACAAUCAAAUCCACAUAGACUCGGUGACUCCCCCGCCAUCUAGCCCCACGGAGAUGGCGUACUCGUACAAAAAGUCUCACAGGUACGGGAAUAUUCUUCCCUGCAGUCCAGACUCGAGUUCCAACUUGCCAGUCCUUGCAGAGUGCACCAGCUCUUUGGUGAACUCAACUUGCAAUGUUCCAAUGCUCCAGAGUCCAGUGAACCCUCAUUCCAGCACGGGGAGUCUCCUUCACCCCUGCAACUCCAGCAGCAAUGGCUCCAACAGCACCAAUGGCCACUCAGUCGCUGGGAAUAUUCAUUCCAGCACGGUUCUUACUUCAACCACCAGCAACCUCCACCCUGCGACCAACAGUUGCCAGAAUAAAUUAAGAAGAAGACGGAGAAGCCCGUCGCCUACCACGACAAGUGCUUCAACUACUUCCUCGCCGGCACUAGGACCAUCCACGAUCAUGUACUCCAGCUCAAACUCCCACGUGGAGUCUAAUUAUUCUGUAGGAACUGCGAUAAAUAAUAAUCCUAGUGUCUCGCCGAUCCAGUCCCCCUCGUAUCCUUAUGGGUUGUAUCAUCAAACUGGCAGCUCUCACCAGCACAUAGCUCCGCUCUCCAUCAACUGCUCGGCUUACUCGCCCACCCCCUCGAGCAAUGUUGUCUAUGAGAGGAGUGAUAGCAGGAGACACGAGCCCGCUGGCCAUCAGCUGCCCACUUCCUCCACGAUGCAGAUUGACAACCAGGCUAAUUUAUUUGCUGGGACUCACAAUCUUCAUCUGGGUCAUCAUCCCGGGUUGACGAUCCAUGCCAACUCCGCGCUCAACAGAUACUCACCGGCGAGCUCGCUGUCUCCCGAUGAUCAUGCUUGCUCACAGAGCGGUUCGCUCAGUCCUAAUUCUCAAGGCUCUAGAGGAUAUCGGUCUCUCCCCUAUCCGCUUAAGAAAAAAGAUGGAAAGAUGCAUUAUGAGUGCAAUGUUUGCUGCAAGACUUUUGGACAGUUGUCUAAUCUUAAGGUUCACCUCAGGACUCACUCAGGCGAAAGACCUUUCAAGUGCAAUGUUUGUACUAAAAGCUUCACGCAGCUGGCGCAUCUGCAGAAGCAUCAUUUGGUUCAUACAGGUGAAAAGCCGCACCAAUGUGAAAUCUGUCAGAAGAGGUUUAGCUCAACUUCGAAUCUCAAGACCCACCUAAGAUUGCACUCAGGGCAGAAGCCGUACGCUUGUGACCUCUGUCCAGCAAAAUUCACUCAGUUUGUCCACCUAAAGCUGCACAAACGAUUGCACACCAAUGAGCGACCUUACACGUGUCAAGGUUGCGACAAGAAGUAUAUAAGCGCUAGUGGUCUCAGGACCCACUGGAAAACCACCAGCUGCAGGCCAAAUAAUAUUGAGGACGAGCUAGCUCUAGCUGCUGCUGUUGGUUCCCCGAAUUAUUACGAAUACGGACCUGAUGUUGGCAAUAUGCAAAAAGACUGCGAGUUAGAGCACAUAGAAAAUUAUGAAAGGCGUAAUAGUGCACAUUCAACGUCGUUACACAAUCUGGACAAUUCAGUGGGUCGACCGAGUGUUAUAGAAACCUCUCAGCCACAUAUUAUUGAAUGUACUUAAGGGAUUAAUUUUUAAUAAAUUAAUCUCAGCUCCAAAAUGUCCAAUGUGAUAAUUGGAUGCAAUAUGGGACCCUAUGGCUUCGGAUCUGCACAAUCGGUGAUAAUUACUUCGAGUCUUAUACGCUAACGCAAGAAAUACUCUCGAAUUAAUGGAUAUUUUAAAAGAAGAAAUAAAUUUUUCUAUAAAUAUUAUUAAUUUGAAUAGAAAAAAAAAAAAAAAUAAAACACCAAUGCUUCCUUAAUUAAAUAUUUUUAAUGCUAAAUAAUUUUUUUACUCUUAUAAUAUCUUAUCUAUAUCCACAUAAUUCGAUGAUAUAUUUUUCUUGCGUUAUUUAUAAUAUAUAAAUUUUGUACAUUAGAGUACUUAAUUAUCUCCAAUUGGCGGAUUUUGUCGGCACCCGCCAGUAUUUAUAAAAUUAAAAUUUUUUAAAAAUUAAAAGAACAAAUGAAGUGAUAAAUUGAUAAUUUUAAAAAAAGGGUGAUCAAGAGGGCUAAAA